AUGUGGCCCAUAAACUCCAAAUACCGCGCAUCUGCAGUCCCCGGCUGCACAGCCUCCGCAGCCACAUGCUGCACUCCUGCCAUAGGAGGUACUCCCGGAGCCCCCUGUGGAACCACUGGCGGAAAACGAGCCAAUAGCUGCGUCAGCAACCCCACCACCAAGUCAUCACGACCCGGAGCCGGAGCGCCACCCCCACCCGGAGCAGCCCCCGCUCCCAAACCAACACUAGCAUCCCCACUGGCCUCACCCGCCAUGGAUACUGAUUGGGUCACCGACACAGUCGCCACACUCUCUCCCGAAUCCGCCGGAACACCACGACCUCAGCCCCGGCCUCCACGCCCUCUCGCUCUGCCACCACGGCCUCUAGCACCGCACCCUCUCGCGCCACGACCUCUAGGAGCCCCGUCCAUCUCACUGCAUGGACCCGAACAUGAGCAACUAGACAAUAAACACAAAAGCACAAACACCAAAACUUACCGCGGAAUCUCCUGUGGCUGA